GGAUUAAAAAAUCCCCUUUCAAAUAUACACGCGAAGAAGAUGCUGGAGAAACUUGCAAGAAAUAGAAAUCUAAUAAGCAAAAUAAAAAUGAUCUUCUUCUUCAUCUGGUUCUUGUAUUUAAUGACUAUGCAUUGUAUUUGGAUCAGUUUCGUUUUCUAAUCUGGAACUAAUGGCGAAAAAGGUGGCAAUCAUUGGAGCAGGAGCAAGUGGGCUUCUUGCAUGCAAGUACACCCUGGCAAAGGGUCUUCAUCCGAUAAUCUUUGAAGCUGAAGAAGCCAUUGGAGGAGUUUGGACUCGUACUCUAGCUUCAACGAAGCUCCAGAAUACCAGAGAAACUUACAGAUUUUCUGAUUUUCCCUGGCCUGCAUCUGUAAAUGACAAGCAUCCAAGUCAGAGUCAAGUACUUAACUAUCUUGAAUCAUAUGCACAACAUUUUGGCAUCUUUCCUUACAUAAAGUUCAAUUCCAGGGUCAUUGGCAUUAACUAUGUUGGAGAGUCUUGUGAAGAGAUGGAGUCUUGGGUUCUAUGGAGUGGAAAUGGUAACCCUUUUGGAUCUAAAGGGAAAUGGCUCGUCAGAGUUGAAAAUGUCAAAGAUUGCAGAACUGAGGUGUACCAGGUUGAGUUUGUAAUUCUUUGUAUUGGGCUGUACAGUGGUUGUCCAAACAUCCCAGAUUUUCCUCCAGAUCAAGGCCCAGAAAUGUUCAAUGGUAAGGUGAUGCAUUCAAUGGAAUAUUCUGCAAUGGACAAUCUCAAAGCUAUAGAGUUCAUCAAAAGAAAGAGAAUUACAAUCAUUGGCUCACAGAAAACUGCACUAGAUAUUGCAGCAGAAUGUGCAAAUAUAAACGGAUUUCAGUACCCUUGUACGAUGAUUCAAAGAACUGCUCGUUGGCAAAUCCAUGGUGAGAAUAUAUGUGGUAUCAACCUUGGUUUCUUGUACUUGAAUCGUUUCUCUGAGUUCUUGAUUCAUAAGCCUGGAGAAACAUUUCUGCUCAGCUUGUUGGCCACCUUGCUCUCACCACUGAGAUGGGGAAUAUCGAAAUUCCUUGAAUGUUAUCUAAGAUGGAAACUCCCAUUAAAGAAAUAUGGAAUAAUACCCAAAUCCAGCUUCUUACAAGACAUCUCUUCAUGUCGAACAUGCAAGCUGCCUGAAAACUUCUACGAUAAAGUUGAAGAAGGAAGCAUCAUUAUAAAGAAAGCAAAUAGUUUUAGCUUCUGUAAACAAGGUCUGAUUAUCGACCGAGAGUCUCAGCCACUAGAAACAGACCUUGUUAUUUUUGCCACAGGAUUUAAGGGAGAAGAAAAGAUAAGAAACAUUUUUGAAUCUCCAUUCCUUCAGAAAUGCAUCACAGGGUCAAAAGCCAGAAUUUCUCUUUACAGACAAGUGAUUCAUCCUCGGAUUCCACAACUGGCUGUAAUAGGAUAUGCAGAAAGUCUGUCAUAUCUGUAUGCAACAGAAAUUAGAUGUAGGUGGCUAGCAGAGUUUCUUGAUGGAAAAUUUGAGCUGCCACAUGUAACUGAGAUGGAGAAGCAAGUUUCAAUAUGGGAAAAUUUUAUGAAAAAACACAAUGGUAAUUCUAGGAGAGAAUGUAUUAGUAACAUUCAUAUAUGGGGCAAUGAUCAAUUAUGCAAGGACAUGGGAUGUGAACCCAGAAGAAAAAGAGGAUUUUUUGCAGACUUGUUUCUGCCAUAUGGUCCAACAGAUUAUGUAGAGCUGUGUUGAUGUAUGCUGUUAAAGCCAAAACACUAUAGGGAUCAAAAUGUAAAUAUUCUAUACAUAUGUUUGGUAUCUUGUUCUUAGGCUUAAUGUAUGUAUGCUGCUCAGCCCCAGGCUAAAA